GUAGUAUUCAACUUCUGGGCUUCUUCUACGUGUCAAAAGCUCUCAUUUGACUCUCUAAACCGUCCAAUGGUGCACUGGACUAGACUCCGCAUUCCACACCCAACCCAAACCUCACAACAAAUACAGAACAAUAUAUAUGUAUAUACAUAGUGUGUGCAAAGUAUAUUUGUGUAUAUAUAUACAUAUCGUCGAAAGUGAAAUCUUGUUCUCCAAUGUUAUUGUAAUACCGACUCCUCCGAGAGAAUCUGAUCCCUAAGAUUAUAAUCUAACGGCCAUAAAUCUUUCUGUCCUUCGUCGCCGACCCCGUGAUCCACUUCCACAAACGGCCUACACAGUUACAAUUCUCUCAAUCUGAUAUAUAUAUAUAUAUAUAUAUAUAUAUAUAUAUAUAGAUUCUCUAUAUAUAAUUGUAUAUAGGAGUGAGUGAGACUGAGUAGUGUUGUGUGCAAACAGAGAGAUUAUUGGAGAGAUGAGGUUGUUGAAGGUUGCUACUUGCAAUUUGAAUCAAUGGGCUUUGGAUUUCGAUUGCAAUAUGAAGAACAUAAAAGAAUCUAUUUCUAGGGCUAAAGAUGCAGGGGCUGUCAUUAGGCUUGGUCCUGAGCUUGAGAUUACCGGCUAUAGUUGCGAAGACCAUUUCUUGGAACUUGAUACUGUUAAUCAUGCAUGGGAGUGCUUAAAAGAUAUUUUGCUUGGUGAUUGGACUGAUGGCAUAUUAUGUAGCUUUGGUAUGCCUGUUAUCAAAGGAUCAGAGCGUUACAACUGUCAAUUAUUAUGUAUGAACAGGAAAAUUAUCAUGAUAAGGCCGAAGAUGUGGCUUGCAAAUGAUGGAAAUUACAGGGAACUUCGUUGGUUUACAGCAUGGAAGCAAAAAGAGCAGCUUGUGGACUUCCAGCUCCCAUGUGAAAUUUCUGAGGCUUUGGCACAAAAAACUGUUCCAUUUGGUUAUGGAUACAUUCAAUUUUUAGACACAGCUGUUGCAGCUGAAAUUUGUGAAGAGCUUUUUAGUCCUGUUCCUCUUCAUGCUGAGCUUGCACUGAAUGGUGUUGAAGUGUUUAUGAAUGCUAGUGGAAGUCAUCACCAACUAAGAAAACUUGAUCUUCGUCUCCGUGCUGUUUUAGGUGCUACUCAUACUCGUGGAGGAGUUUACAUGUACAGUAAUCAACAAGGAUGUGACGGUGGCCGCCUUUACUUUGAUGGAUGUUCUUGUGUUGUUGUGAAUGGAGAUGUGGUUGCCCAAGGCUCACAGUUUUCUUUAAGGGAUGUUGAGGUGGUGGUUGCUCAAGUAGAUUUAGAUGCGGUUGCUAGUCUUAGAGGAUCUAUAAGUAGCUUUCAAGAGCAAGCAAGUUGCAAACCAAAAGUUUCAUCAGUAGCAGCUCCUUACAAGCUUUGUCAGUCUUUUAACCUGCAAUUGUCACUUUCAAGUCCGCUUAAGAUUAGAUAUCACUCUCCUGAGGAGGAAAUAGCUUUUGGACCUGGUUGUUGGCUAUGGGACUAUCUAAGAAGAAGUGGAGCUUCUGGUUUUCUGCUUCCACUUUCUGGUGGGGCUGAUAGUUCCUCUGUAGCUGCUAUUGUUGGCUGCAUGUGUCAGCUUGUAGUAAAAGAAAUCGAAAAUGGAGAUGAACAAGUCAAAGCUGAUGCUAUAAGAAUUGGCCAGUAUAGUAAUGGACAGUUUCCUACCGACAACAAAGAGUUCGCAAAACGCAUAUUUUAUACGGUAUAUAUGGGAUCUGAAAAUAGUUCUGAAACCACAAGAACAAGGGCAAAACUGCUAGCAGAUGAAAUUGGCUCAUGGCAUCUUGAUGUUUGCAUUGAUGGUGUUGUUUCUGCCCUACUUUCAUUGUUUCAAACACUUACUGGAAAGCGACCACGGUAUAAGGUAGACGGAGGAUCAAACAUUGAGAACUUGGGGUUGCAAAACAUUCAAGCUCGAAUAAGAAUGGUGCUAGCAUUUAUGUUAGCAUCACUCAUGCCUUGGGUUCACAAUAAAUCAGGUUUUUAUCUGGUGUUAGGUAGCUCCAAUGUAGAUGAAGGAUUGCGUGGUUACCUAACAAAGUAUGAUUGCAGUUCAGCCGAUAUAAAUCCAAUUGGAAGUAUUAGUAAGCAGGAUCUUCGAACAUUUCUGCGAUGGGCUGCCACCCGUCUUGGUUACUCAUCUUUGGCAGAAGUUGAAGCUGCUCCCCCCACUGCUGAACUGGAGCCCAUACGGUCUAAUUACAGCCAGCUGGAUGAAGUGGACAUGGGAAUGACAUACGAGGAACUCUCAAUUUAUGGAAGGUUGCGCAAGAUUUUCCGCUGCGGCCCAGUAUCUAUGUUCCAGAAUCUCUGCUAUAAAUGGGGGACAAGAUUGACUCCAUCAGAGGUGGCUGAUAAAGUGAAGCACUUUUUCAAGUACUACUCCAUUAAUCGACACAAAAUGACUGUUUUAACACCUUCUUAUCAUGCUGAGAGUUAUUCACCAGAGGACAACAGGUUUGAUCUUCGCCAGUUUCUCUACAAUGUGAGAUGGCCAUAUCAAUUUCGCAAGAUUGACGAACUUGUACGUGAACUUGAUGGUGACAAAGUUGCUAUGAUCGCAUCAACUGACCGGGAAAAAGUUAAUGUUGCAACAGAUGGCGGUAUGGGAGUUGUGGCAGCAGGGUCAGGUGAUCCCAAAGCUGGCGUCUAAUUUCAAGAUGAAAGCCUGAAGCUUGCAAUUGAAAUUGAGUUCAUUAGAUGGAAAUGAAUUUGUCAAUUAAUCACUUUCUUUUGCCAUGCUGGUUAAUGUAAUCAAACUGGGAACGAUCUGGUCCCAAUCCUCAACACCCGAGUUCUCUUUUGUAGUAUGUCCAUUCUACUACAAUUUAUGUCAGUUUUUAACCAACAGUUUCUGUCAUUUAUGAACCCUGUAUUGAUUUCAGAUGGUUGAUAACAUCUUAAUAUUUUCAUUUCCAAUUUCAAAA